AACAAUAUGGCUCUGCUGUGAGAGCGAAACAAACGCUUACGUCCAGAUGCUCGUCGCGGCAUUAAAACAACGAGUUUCGUUGGCGGAACGUCAGUUUCCUCGCGGCCGACUCUACACCGGGUGAAAGUAUCAACGCAAAUGUGAAUUCUUCGUGGCGCGCGAAUCACCAACGAGAAUCCUGUUUUCUAACCUGGGGAGAGCGAUGUGCUGCUGUCGUUCAGCACCGUGCGGAAUUACCGCGACUUAAACACCUCGUUCGACCUCGCUACGCGAAUCGCGUAAAUUUCUUCCGCGUAACAACCUCGUCGAGGCAAAAAUGGCGCAAUCGGUGGAACGACUCAGAUUGUACUUCAUCACGUACAACGUAGCCACCAAGUUCCCAGAUCCCAGGCAAAGCCUUCAACAGCUUCUGGGCAUUACGCCGUACUGGGAACCAACUUCGUGGCCGGAUAUAUAUUUUGUCGGUUUGCAGGAAGUUAAAUCACAGCCACAGAAUAUAGUGUUGGACUAUAUACUGUUUGAAGAUCCUUGGACAAAAGCUUUCAGAGACGUUCUGAAGAAAUAUGAUUAUGUUAAAAUACGCUCUCAAAGGUUACAGGGUCUGGUUUUAAAUGCGUUCUGUCUGAGGAAACAUUUGACGCAUUUAAGAUUAAUAGAAGCUCAAUAUACUAAGACAGGUUUCGGUGGCAUGUGGGGAAACAAAGGCGCGGUGAGCGUAAGAAUGAAUGCCUACGGAGUCAGUAUUUGCGUGGUGAACACACAUUUAACGCCCCAUGACCACUUGCUCGCAGAUAGGAUCUCGGAUUACAAUACUAUUAUAACAGAUCACACUUUUACCGCUCCAGAUACAUCGAAGAUAUUAUAUCACGAUUAUAUAUUUUGGAUUGGUGACUUAAACUUUCGACUCAACGGAGAAGACUUAACGGCAACUGACAUAGAUAUAUUGGUUAAAAAAAAUCGACUAAAAGAGCUGUUCGAAAGAGACCAAUUGAAAUUGGUGAUGAAGACACGUCAAGCUUUUGCGGAGUUAAACGAAAGUAAUGUCUCAUUCCCGCCUACUUACAAAUACGAGUUCGAGUCCCAAGAUUUUGAUCUCAAGCGUAGACCGUCUUGGACUGAUAGAAUUUUGUACAAAAUCAAUGCGAUAGAUAUGUAUGACGACAUAGAGCUUAACGCAGAACAACAGUCUUAUAAGAGCCAUCCCAACUAUAGCGUCUCGGACCACAAACCUGUGACCGGAGAAUUCGAGAUUACGGUCAGACCUAAUGUAAAAGAUUGCACCGUGGAAUUUCAAGAUUGUAUAAUGGAAGAUAAUGUUAUAUCGUUCAACAUGCAGAAAGAUUUUGCACCGAGCAAUGGUGAUUGGAUAGGUCUCUUCACAAACGAUUUCUCCAGUUUAGAUGACUACAUCGUUUACGAAUACGUUAGCCGCAAUAAGCCAUCGUCAGUUCCUGGUGAACCGCAUUCGAGCAAGGAACGAAUAUUCUUCAAUGAUACGGCGCUUCGUCACUCGGAAAUGUAUUGCUUGGUUUACGUAGGUCAGCGGGGUGACUUCAUCGAAAUUCUGGGUGUGAGUUCGGGAUUUACGGGUCCUCGUAAAUCAACUGAACAAUGUGUUCUGUCCACAUAAAACUCUCUCUUAGAACGAUCGAUUAAGAGCUUGCGCGUGUGAACAUAAAUUAUCUUCAUCGAGUAACUAAAUCUCAAGCUUUAUACGACUUUCUAUACGACGUAGAUGGAAAAGUUUUUGUGUAAUAUUUGGCAUAACAUUCUAUAUUUGUCUGGUUGUUAAUGAUCACAAUCUUUCCUGAAAAUUGUGAUAACGUAUUUCAAUGUUGUGGAAUUGAUUUAUCGUGCUACGUUUAAAAGUUUAAGAGUAACAACUUUAAAUCAAGAUGUAUGGCCUUUACUUAGAGUGAUAUUUUUGGUAUAUCUGGUAGGUUUUCGAUAAAAUUUAAAGCGCAUCGCACAGAACGAUGCUUUAUACACACACAUACACACACACACACACAUAAGGGUUAGAUAUUACUUUUAGUACCUGGUUUUUUUCACUCUAAGAUCUCUGUUGCUUAGAGUGCAUCACGGCGUAGCAAUUGUACGUCUUAGAUAUAUUGCGGUGAGUGCACCACCACGUUUCCUUGCACGCGAGAUUCUUCCGCGAUCCAUUAACGCUCGUUUGUUAUUCAAAUAAAACAGAAUAAUUUUAUAAUAUAUAUAUAUAUAUAUUAUUAUUAUAUAUUAUUAUAUAUUAUUAUAUAUAUAUUAUUUUGAUCUAUUUUCGCCGAGCGUUAAUGGGAUUAACUAUGUUGGUAGGAGUGCGCUCAUGUAAAUUGAAAGUAAUAUAAUUUUUAGUGGCAAGUUUGAGUCACAAACGGCAUCUUGUGCCGUUUGCAACGUGCAAAUUACUGUUAUUUCAUCUUAAAAAAAAAAAAAAAAGAAAAAAA